AUGGAUUCGUCACGAGGCCCUCCGCGGGUCAAAAACAAGGCGCCCGCUCCCCAGCAAAUAUCCGCAGAGCAGCUUCUCCGCGAAGCGGUAGACCGCCAGGAACCAGGCCUCCAGGCUCCAACACAGCGGUUUGCGGAUCUUGAAGAACUUCAUGAAUAUCAGGGCCGGAAAAGAAAGGAGUUCGAGGACUAUGUACGACGAAACAGGAUCAACAUGAACAAUUGGAUGCGCUACGCGCAAUGGGAACUAGAACAGAAGGAAUUUCGACGGGCCCGAUCGAUUUUUGAGCGCGCGUUGGAUGUAGAUUCUACAUCUGUCGUGCUAUGGAUUCGAUAUACUGAGGCGGAGAUGAAGUCGCGCAAUAUCAACCAUGCACGGAAUCUCCUUGACCGUGCAGUGACUAUACUACCCCGUGUGGAUAAGCUGUGGUACAAAUAUGUGUACAUGGAGGAAAUGCUGGGCAAUAUUUCGGGCGCACGGCAGGUAUUCGAGCGCUGGAUGACUUGGGAGCCGGAUGAAAAUGCAUGGAGCGCAUAUAUUAAGCUUGAGAAACGAUACAGCGAGUUUGAUAGAGCUCGGGCUAUAUUUGAACGCUUUACAGUUGUGCACCCUGAGCCAAAGAACUGGAUCAAAUGGAGCCGGUUUGAAGAAGAGAAUGGAACCUGUGAAUUGGUCAGAGAGGUUUUUGGGAUAGCUAUUGAAACUUUGGGUGAAGAUUUUAUGGAUGAGCGAUUGUUCAUCUCAUAUGCUCGCUAUGAGACGAAGCUGAAAGAAUAUGAACGCGCGAGAGCCAUAUACAAGUAUGCUCUGGAUAGGCUACCACGCUCAAAAUCUGUUGCUCUGCACAAGGCUUAUACUACAUUUGAAAAGCAAUUCGGCGAUCAAGAGGGAGUCGAGGAUGUGAUUCUCUCCAAGCGAAGAGUUCAAUACGAGGAACAGGUGAAAGAAAACGCAAGGAACUACGAUGCCUGGCUUGACUAUAUCCGACUUGAAGAAACGUCAGGUAACGUCGAACGGACUCGAGAUGUUUAUGAACGAGCCAUUGCGCAAGUGCCACCUUCGCAGGAAAAACGUCACUGGCGUCGGUAUAUCUACCUGUGGAUAUUUUACGCACUGUGGGAAGAGAUGGAGAAUCGCGACUUUUCACGAACCCGUCAAAUAUACCAGGAGUGCUUAAAGUUAAUUCCCCAUAAGAAAUUCACAUUCUCCAAGGUAUGGUUACUAAAAGCUCAAUUUGAAAUCCGGCAGAUGGAUCUUCAGAGUGCGAGGAAAACGCUCGGGCAUGCCAUUGGAGCUUGCCCGAAGGAUAAGAUAUUCAGGGGCUACAUUGAAUUAGAAAAGCAACUUUUUGAAUUCGUACGCUGUCGAACACUCUUUGAGAAGCAAAUUGAGUGGAACCCAGCCCAGACAGAAUCAUGGACAAAAUUUGCCGAGCUUGAAAGAGGACUCGACGACCUGGAUCGAGCUCGCGCAAUUUACGAAUUGGGGAUUAAUCAGCCGACCCUGGACAUGCCAGAACUAUUGUGGAAGGCGUAUAUUGACUUUGAGGAAUAUGAAGGGGAGUAUGAGCGCACGCGGCGGCUCUACGAGCGCUUACUUGAGAAAACGGACCACGUCAAGGUUUGGAUCAAUUACGCGCGAUUCGAGAUCAACAUCCCGGAAGAUGACGAAGGCGAAGACGAGGAAGAGAGACCUGUUUCUGACGAGGCAAAAUCGCGCGCGCGAAAAAUUUUCGAGCGGGCCCAUAAGGUGAUGAAGGAAAAGGAGCUAAAGGAAGACAGAGUGGCCCUGCUGAAUGCUUGGAAGGCGUUCGAACAAACCCAUGGGACGGCAAGCGACAUUGCCUCUAUCGAGAAACAAAUGCCGCGCAAGGUGAAGAAGAGACGCAAGCUCGAGGAGGACCGGUACGAGGAGUACAUGGACUACGUGUUCCCGGCGGACGACGAGUCGACGGCGAAUCUGUCCCGGCUGUUGCAGAAGGCCUACCAGUGGAAACAAGAGCAGGGCAAGGCACCCGAAUGA